UAUACUUGCCCAGAUCUUGCAACCUGCAGAUCGGCGGCUUCUGUUCAAGCAUACAAAUGACAGUGUCAUCACAUAGAAAUGCUCUCAACCUAGUCGUCCAUGGCAUACUUCCUCGCAGGGCUGGCUCUGGGGAAGCAAAACGAGUCGUUCUCAUUGUGGGAGACAGUCUUCGCGCAGACCUUCUAUUUGGUGUGGACGCGUUCUCUUCCUUACCAAAGAUUGUAGUGCCUUAUGUGCGUGAUAUUAUUCAAACGCGAGGGGCGUUUGGAUUGUCGCACACUCGAGUACCAACGGAAAGUCGACCUGGGCAUGUCGCAAUCAUUGGGGGUAUGUAUGAGGAUAUAUCCGCUGUGACCAAGGGUUGGAAAACGAAUCCAGUUCACUUCGACUCCAUCUUCAAUCAAUCUAGUCACACUUUCUCCUUCGGCUCCCCAGAUAUAUUACCAAUGUUUGCCCAAGGUGCAACGCCGGGAAAAGUUGACACUUGGAGCUACGAUGAGGAAGACGAAGACUUUACGAAAGAUGCCACCGCUCUAGAUAUCUGGGUUUUGGACCAACUUUGGACGUUGUUUCAGAACGCAUCAUUGAACGACUUGCUUGAUUCAGAAUUACGUGCCGACAAAGUGGUAUUCUUCCUGCACCUCCUUGGUUUGGAUACCACUGGUCACUCAUAUAGGCCACACUCCAAGGAAUACAUGAACAAUAUCCAAGUCGUCGAUCGCAUCGUCCAACAAACAGAAGAACUUUUCUCCAACUUCUACCAUGAUGAAGAGACGAACUUCGUAUUUACAGCUGACCGCGGCAUGUCUAGGAUCGGCAAUCAUGGAGAUGUUGACCCGGACAACACACGUACCCCACUAAUUGCAUGGGGGCGAGGUAUCAGGGGCCCACUUCCUGAUAUCAUUCCUUCCUUGCACGAUGAGUACUUUCACGUGGAACAAGCGGAUCUUGCACCCCUGAUGGCUGCGCUACUUGGUAUUAACUACCCCGUAAAUUCAGUGGGAAUCCUUCCUGAUGCAGAUCCUACUAUUUUAGAACACUACCGAGUAAAACACGGUGCGUCCCAAAUGCGCUAUCUGGCUUCUCUAAUCGAAGGCCAUCGAGAGACAACUGAACUCAUCAAGGUUACUCUACAAGGUCUUCGAUAUCUCGAAACCUAUAAUCGAGUACUUAUACGGAUCAUCGUCAUAGUAGUAUAUCUGGGAUGGUCUGCUUAUGCAUCGUUGUCAAUUUGCCCCCUGCCAGCUUCCUCGGUUUCAGACAGGCAGCCAAUAUUUUGGGCACUGUUUGCCGCAGAGAGAGCUCCAUGGACGUUUUAUGUCUACGUAACCUUCCCCUGCUACUUCUGGCAGCAAUUCGCAUUGCGUGGAGUUCCAAUCGUUGUGCAACAAUUCAAGUCGAGCGACAGACGCGGUCAUUUUAUAGACAAAGUGUUGUUUCACUUGAUUAUUGUAGUGGUUGUGCUCCAGUGUAUGGUCGCUGCCUACACUCACCGUCACGUUCGGUCGCAACACCCGAGACUCUUACUUUCUUGGAUGAGUAACUGUCCUGUAACUGGCAUAUUCCCACUACUCAGCGUUAACAAGAGAGAGGAUCUGUACAUGAUCAUGUGCGGAGGGGCAAUGAUCCUUGCAGUUGGCGCAGGUUGUACGCGUUUGGCAUUGGAUGGUGCUCCGAAGGCUGCAAAACUAUCUAAAAUCACCCAGAUGUUGUUUAUCUUGCUCGCCAUGACAGUUACUGCAAGCUCAGUCAAAAGUUUACAAGCAAAGCAGGGAUUGUCCAUAAUUAACCAAACUUCAGCAUGGCUCAUACUCGCUGUAUCGUCGAUAUAUCCAUUCAUCUCUAAAGCACAGCACAGCACUCCAACCUCCAGAAUCAUAUCGCUUUUCCUGAGCUUCGGCAUCUGUUUCAUCAUUCUUUCGAUCAGUGUUGAAGGCCUAUUCUAUGUUGCUUUCACAUGCAAUUUACUCUUGUGGAUAGAAGUUGAAGCAAUCGUUCAGUCGAAUCGAGCUGGGGCUGCUUCGCAGAAUCAAGGAUAUGAGUUUCACACUGACAAUAUCAAAAUAGCACUCUUUUUCUUGUUUUUCGUUCAGGUGGCUUUCUUUGGAACCGGAAAAUCAUUCUACUUGGAACCUGUGUACAGUCUGGUGCCAAUUUUUAAUCCAUUCUUGAUGGCAGCGUUAUUAUGGUGGUCAGAUUAUAUUGAAUUGACAUAUGACACAGGAUCAUGGUUGGAAAUUGGGCAAUCAAUUAGCUUCUUUUGCAUAACUUCUCUAUUAUUGGUUUGGUCAGCUGGUAUCUGCACUGCUGGGGAGUAUCUCAUGGUAGACAUAUUAGUGUUCCAUAAGUCCAUGGAUAGUCACAAGCUAGAAUGAG